AUGCCUAAAAAAAAGAAGAAGAGAGAAACGUUCUUUCAGAGAAAAAAACAAACAAACAAAUAUAUAAAAUUUAAAAUAAACAAGAAACAUGAAAAAAAAAAGAUUUUUCAACGUCUCAAUCAAGGCCAGACUUGGACCAUCAAUGCACUGAGGGGCACUAAGAUGGCACGUAUAUGGGGUCGUACUAAAUGCAACUUUGACGGUGCUGGUAGAGGUUCUUGUGAGACUGGUGAUUGUGGUGGAGUCUUGCAGUGUACCGGGUGGGGUAAACCGCCAAACACCUUGACCGAAUACGCCUUGAACCAGUUUAACAACCUAGAUUUCUGGGACAUUUCUUUAGUCGAUGGAUUUAAUAUACCGAUGACUUUCGCCACAACCAAUUCCAGUGGAGGAAAAUGCCACUCAAUUCAAUGCACCGCCAAUAUAAACGGUGAAUGCCCUAGUCAACUUAAAGUAACCGGAGGAUGUAACAAUCCUUGUACCACGUUUGGAGGACAACAAUAUUGUUGCACCCAAGGUCCAUGUAGUCCUACUGAGUGGUCGAAAUUUUUCAAACAGAGAUGCCCUGAUGCCUAUAGCUACCCACAAGAUGAUGCUACUAGCACAUUUGCUUGCCCUAGUGAUAGUACAAAUUAUAAGGUUGUUUUUUGCCCAUAAUUAAUGCCACAAUAUAAAGCAUAUUUUGCUACAAAUUAUAUGGUAUGAAAAAUUACCAAAACAAUAAGUAUCUUAAAAGGUUUGUUAAACUAUUUAUGUUGGGUGAGAUAAUAAUAUCUUAUUUGUGUAAUGUAUACACACUCCCUUCAACUUAUAUAUUUUGAUCAUUGAUGAACAAAUAAUAAUAUCUUUAAUAAUCGUGUGUCGUUAUUUACUUUACUUCAACAUUUUCUUGCCUUUUUUUUUUGUUGUUGUAUAUUGAAUUUGAAACUUAUUAAUGAAUUACUUGUAGGUGUA